AUGGCGAUAAUCCAUCAAGGUAGACUUACAAGUGUUCAAAGUUAUUGGAAUGGAAAUACUCCUAUCGUGCCGGUCCAAUCUUCGGUUCGAAUUAGGUGCGUGUCUAAGCGAUGGUGCUCUCUAAUUUCUGAUCCCCAAUUCGCUAAAUGCCACUUUAAGCGAGCAUCUGAGCGCAUCCAAAUAUUGCUUUUUUCAACUCGUUCUCAUAUUCGAUCUCAACCUGUUGAUGCACCAUUUGGGAACAAAUAUAAAAAUCUCAUUGUCCCAUUUAAGAGUUAUGCUGAUGUUGUUAGGGACAAGAAGAAGCUACGAGGUCGUAUUGUUAAGAUCAUAGGGUCUUGUAAUGGUUUGGUAUGUGUGGCCCUCUCCGACGAUAAGAAUUUCUAUAUUUGGAAUCCAUCAACCGGAGACUAUAGGAUUUUGCAUGACCUUAGAAUUUCACCCCUUGCUUCCAAAUAUGGGUAUGGAUUUGGAUACAAUUAUUCUACCAAUGAUUACAAUCUUCUUGUAGCUGCUUCUUUUAUUCCCGGUUUUAAUCAUGAAAAUGAAAUUUCUCUUUGA